GACUAGCAGCGUUGCUAGCCGCUGGGAGCUGGCCUGAAAUGCAGACCCCGCCCUCCCACUCUCAUCUGCUGAAUCAGAAUGUGCAUUUAAACCGAAAUCGCAGAUGAUGGUAUGCACUUUAAAGUUUGAGACCACUGAUCUACACCACAACUUGCUUUAGAUUCAUCCCAAUACUAGAGUCUCUGGAAGGGCGUGGCCUUAAAGACAAUGAGGGCAAACAAUGCCUUUUCCAGGUGGACGUUUGAUUUUUCUCCCAGGUGCAAAGUCACUGGGCAAGGCAGGGCCGCCGGCCCUCCCGAGCUCACUUCCGGUGCCUCCGGGGCGGGACCGCCGGCAGUCACAGCCCUCCCGCCCUCAGGUGCGGUUCGUUUACUCCACUGGACUGGGAGCCAGGCGGGUGGCUGCACGUGGACACACGUGGACGCUGCCCGCCCAGCCUCCAGUUCCGAAGGCACAAGACGCGGGAAGAGAAGACGGCCGGGCUUCGCGCCCCGGUCCCGGGCACCGCGGACUUGCAUCGUAGACCCGAGGCCGUCACCUUCCUCACCACGUCGGUCAGGUAGACCGUGGUCCAGCCGCACCCCCAUAGGAGCACCACCACAGCGGAAAACGGAGAAAAGGAGAGCCCCAGCCAAACCACCUGCGGCACCUGCAAUCCCAGCGUCUGCUCUUCCGGAUUCCUGAACUCCAGAACUGGAAGGUCCUGCUCUCUAAUUAAAUU